AUGUCCGGAAGAAGUCAGGGUAUUCGUUUUCCGUGCGCUUGGCUGGAGCAAGAUGGGUUCUUUGAUCCCGUGAACAACUUUGUCUCGAAGACGCCUUUCGUGCAAAGCCGGUCCAAAUGCAAAGGCAGGGCUCAGUGCGCCAUGAACUGGCUCCCCAUCAACUCGGCCCAUGCCCUCACUUUCAAGCUGAUAGGCACUGACGACAUGCAUGACUACCUGUUCCAGGCUCACUUUUGCUAUCCCGUUUACGAAGCCCAACAUUCGCACUGCACUAAACAGGAGGGUGAAGUGGCGUUCACGAUGCGACAAAUAGGCACCUGGCUAACCCUGUCGACCGUUUUUUGUCGGUGCACACAGCCCGCCGAGGUCUCGUCAAUUAGCUACGCCCGUGGGGUCAAACCCUCUGACACCGUCUUCAGAGGAGUUUUUUACGAAAUGACAUGCACUCCGAUGCGCGAGUGCAAAUCGGAUGAGAGCUGCUACAUAGAAACUCCGAAUAGCGACGGACUCCUCUACGGUGGCAAAGUGAUGUGCACGUGCCCGAAAAAAACGUUCUGCCCAAUCUACUUUAUUCGGGGGAAGCGGAUUCCCUUUGUGAACAGUCAACAACGAAUCACACAUUACGGCCUAAAGUGCAAACAGCGCUCCUACUGA